CAUAGCAUUACUAAAGGCAAAAAAAACUACAGCCAGCAUCUGGUUAGCUUAGCUAAGCAUAAAGACAGUAAACAGGAGAAACAAAGGUCUGUCCAAAGGUUAAAAAAAAUCCACCUACCAGUCUCUCUAAAACUCACUAAUUAACAUCUUAUAUCUCAAUUGUUUAAUGCACCCACAAACUGACUGAGACUUUUACCUGAUUAAAAGAAGAGAAAAAAAGAAAAUAUGUUAAAUGUUAAAAAUAUCUGCUGGUGCAACGCCAACUGUUUUCAUACUGGGAUGAGUUGUGUUACUAAAUUUAUACAAACACACACACUGUACACUGAAGCUAUUUCCAGCUUUCCCUGUCGAGCCAGUGAAGUCCAGCUAAAUCUGUACGCGCUGAGGUGGAUUGAGUUACAAGAGAGGAUCACACCACUGUCGCAAAACAUCUCAGGUCAUCAGUCACACACAGCAGUAUGCAAGAGAUGAGAUACAGACCACGUUUCCACCGUCUCAGAAGCUGGCAUAAGUUGACAAUCCAAACUCAACCAGAUGGUGAUACUCGAUGUGUUAAUAAUAGGGGGUGGCCCUCAUGCCUUGACUCUGGCUAGCUUGUUAUCCAACCCUGAUCCAAACUCAGACCCUGGGCAUGAUUUACCCCUCUCCCCCUCUUGCCUGGACUCUCACAGGCCUCAGCCAGAGACAUCCAGCAACAAACGCUGCAGUGGCAAGAAGAAGAAGAAGAGGGCAACAGCUGUCUCUGCAGGCGUGACACUGGAGGAGCAACUAGCGAAAUCAAUAAUAUCAGAGAGAGCCGUUUGCCCCCGGCUGAGUCUCCGAGUGGUAGAUUCCUAUGGAGAGUGGACCACUCUGUGGGAGAGCCAGUUCACAGCUCUGAACAUCCGUCAUCUGCGCUCACACACACUGGUGCACACAGACCCUCUCAAUAAGAAAGCAUUGCAGGAGUUUGUUUUAAAGUAUGAUCGUUCGGCGGAGCUUCACAGUCUUCCAGACCAGGUUUACAUUCUGGAUGAAAACGCAUUUUUUAAUGACAUGAGGCUCGGCAAGAAGGAGAGGAAACGUCUAAAUAUCACCUCAACACUCAGGAAAAGUUUAGCCUUCAGUCUGCCAGGAACCAAACUAAGUGUGGAUUUCUUUAAAGAUCAGGUGGAGAGAUACAACUUGGACAAAGUGCUGGUGAAGGGAACUGUGGAGUACAUCAGGCCUGUGAUUGAGCAUAAGGAAGAGAUGCAAGAAGAGAAUCACCGCAUAAAGGAGCGUGAAACAGAGGAUGAGGCCAUUAGAGUGACUGAGAAGAAGAAAGAUGGGUCAAGAAAGACAGUGAAAUAUUUUCAAGUCCAACUUCAAGAAGGCACCAUCUUAAAAGCCCGCCAUGUUGUUAUGGCAACAGGUCCAACCCGUGCCCAGAUGGCAAACAUCCCAUCGUGGGUGAAAAGUAUCGGAGAGAGCUACCCGGAGGAGCGUUUGCAGCACACAGUGCACCUCAUGCACCACCUGCCAAAUGCAAGGCAAAAACUUAAAGACACAGAUUGUCAGAGACAGAAAGACACUUUUUCCACUCAAGCAAGGUGCCAGCCAUGUGACAUGGGUCAUGAGGAAGCACCUGCAGUUAAAACAGUUUGAUGUGGGUGAUGUGGAGAGCCUGGUGGGUCGUUACUCCCAUGUGGAGCAUGGCAUCAAAAUGGACGGCCAAGCCUACCUGCGACAGUUCUAUAAUGAACGGAGUCUUCACAAACGUCUAGCUAUGAUUCGC